CUAUUAAUCAAAAUGUCUUCAAAACCAAGGCAUGAUUGGUUCCAGAGUGAAACUGAUGUCACUUUAACUAUCCUAAAACGCGGAGUGCCUCUCGAUGAUUGCUCUGUUUCUCUAUCAGAUAACAACACACUGACGGUCAAGCAAUGUGAUGAGAUUCUCUUCUAUGGACAAUUAUCUGGUCAAGUGAAAAAAGAUGAUCUUACUGUAAAAUGCACUGCCGCCAAGGUAGAAGUUCGACUUCCGAAAUUCGCUCGCAAUGAACGAUGGGCUUCUCUGCUGAAAGACGGACAAGGUGUUGCCGCUUCUGUACAGAGUGUAUCACCAAAUCCAGAAAGUGCACCAACUACUACUGUGAAAAAGAAUUGGGAUGCUAUCGAGAAACAAGCUGUAAAAGAAGAGGAAGAUGAAUCGCUGGAAGGUGAUGCCGCUGUAAACAAAAUGUUCCGUAAGAUGUACAACGACGCUUCGGAUGAUGUCCGACGUGCCAUGAUGAAGAGCUAUUCUGAAUCAAAUGGAACCGUCUUGUCUACAAAUUGGUCUGAAAUUGGUCAAAAGAAAACGGAAUGUCAGCCACCAGCAUGUAUGGAAUAUAAGGAAUAUGAAAAGUGAUGAUUAAAUUCUUAUUUUGUUAUAUGAACACCGCCAAAAAUGAAACUUCAUGUCAAA